GAUACAGCAGAAGAGCAGAACGUCCUGGAGAAAAUUCCUGUUUGCGCUUUUUUGUUUUUAACAGCGUUCCAGCCUAGACUGAGGGGAUGAGGUCUUGUCUUCUGCUUUGUGUCCUGUGCCUGAUGGUUGCUAAAGGCCUUUCCACGUCACCCUGUGUGUGUAAUGAUGGACCUCCAGGAUCACCUGGACCUAGUGGACCAGCUGGAGCCCCUGGAUUCCCUGGAAUCCAUGGAAAGCCUGGAAGCGAUGGAAGGCCUGGAAGGCCUGGAGCCCCUGGACCGCCUGGACCAGUUAUAAUGUGUGGUAGAGACGUCUUUGGAGCUAUUGCACAGGAUGUUGACACACUGAUGAAGACCACAGCUAAGUUUGAACUGGCUGCAAAUUUUGACUUUACACGGAGGGUUGGGCAGAAAUACUUUGUGUCCAACAAACUCAGAGGCUCCUUCCAGGAGGCCGUCGAGUUCUGCUCUCAACAAGGUUUAGAGCUGGCUUUACCCCACAAGGACCAGGAGAACCGCGUCCUGACUCAGCUGUUUGGUGACGUGGCUAACGUAGCCUGGAUCAACGUCAACAAUAGGGCAGUGGAAAACUUUCAAUCUGACAUGAAAAGCCAGCGUCUCACCUUCACCAACUGGGAAGGAGGACAACCAGAUAAAUCCAUCCAGGAUACUGGCUGCACCACGCUGCUAGACAAUGGCUACUGGCGAGUGACGCGCGACUGCUCCCUGAACGCUUACAUCAUCUGUCAAAUAUAGACCCCCAUGGAGUAACGUUAAGAACACAAAUCUUACUUUUCACAUAUUCCUUUUAUUGUACAGUAUUCAUUGUAGAGUCGUACAAAGAGAUCUGUAAGAAGUGUUCCAGAAAUGAAACCAGUUUAAUCAAGUGAGACUGCUGUGAUGUAAAAGUGAUCAGCAACUUUACACGUAACCAAUGAAAAAUAACCAUUAAAUCAACACAGGUGAAGGAAUGGAAAUGAUGUUUGUUGUACCCUCUUUUACUUAUUUUCUUUAUUUGGAU